AUGUCAUCAAUCACCAAAGUCCACCCAUUGCAGCGGCUACCUAGCCCGUCGAGAGGCUUCUCAGCUUUGAUACAUGCAUCCGGGCUAGCCAGCUUCAUAUGGUCUUUCAAGUAUAUGAAUGACAACCCUAAUCACGCCAACGAAGCAUAUGGAUGGCAUUUCCAGUACCUGACCGUCCUCGGUCUCUCUUUGGCAACACUCACUUUCGCCGUCGGCCUACUAGCGGACAUCACCUUGUCCGCGCGGCUGUUCUUGGUGAAGAACCUGCUGUCUGUCUGCAGCGCCCCUAUGGAAGUUCUCAUCAGCAUCCUCUACUGGGGCCUUCGCUUGAUCGAUGAGCGCCUGGUUGUUCCGGAGUGGGCUGUGAUUCCCAUGCAUGCCGAUAUCAGCUUUCAUGCAAUCCCCUCUAUCGUCUUCCUAAUCGAUCUGCUCUUCCUCUCCCCGCCAUGGACCAUUACGAUCGGCCCAGCCCUCGGCCUUUCCAGUGCAAUCGCUGUCAGCUACUGGUUCUGGAUUGAGCGCUGCUUCCAGUACAAUGGAUGGUACCCCUACCCAAUCUUCGAGCAGCUCCCCUUCGAAGGUCGUGUUGGGCUCUUUGCUCUAAGCGCCACGGUCAUGGCUCUCAGCACGGCGACUCUCAAAUGGCUCCACGGUCGUGUGAACGGCUUCGGAACACCCGUGAGCGCCAAGGCCCGACCUGGCUCUGUGAAGGCGAACGGUAACCUCUAA